ACAUUUCUGGAAUAUUUAAAUGUAAUAUAUGAGGCAUAUAAUUUUAUUCUGAUUUAAAAGUAUCUUUUUCCUCUUGUUUAUUUAUUACAUUUUCGGCAGUUUUCUUCAAUUGCGCUUUAAUCUUUUAACUUUAACCAUCUCUUUCUAUCUAGCCAUUUUCACACAAACGACGCUGCGUUUUUUAAGAUUACAUUGUGUAGGCAAGUAAUAUAAAAAAAUUGUGGUAAACAUGUCUUAUAGGAAUAACGAUUGCCGAAUAUAUGUUGGAAAUUUGCCGCCUGAUAUUCGUACGAAAGAUAUUGAAGAUUUAUUCUACAAAUUUGGUAAAAUAACAUUUAUCGAUCUCAAAAAUAGACGAGGCCCUCCAUUUGCUUUUGUGGAAUUCGAAGAUCCCAGGGAUGCAGAAGAUGCAGUUCAAGCACGUGAUGGUUAUGAUUAUGAUGGAUACAGAUUGCGUGUUGAAUUUCCUCGGGGAAAUGGUCCAGGCAGGGGAAUGGGUGCACCAAGAGGAAGAGGCAGAGGGCCACCUGCAAGACGAUCUCAGUAUCGUGUAUUAGUGUCAGGUCUUCCUUCAACAGGCAGCUGGCAGGAUUUGAAAGAUCACAUGAGAGAAGCUGGAGAUGUGUGUUAUGCAGAUGUGCAUAAAGAUGGAACUGGUGUUGUUGAGUUCCUGAGAUAUGAAGAUAUGAAAUAUGCAGUUAAAAAAUUAGAUGAUUCAAGAUUUCGUUCUCAUGAGGGUGAAGUUGCUUAUAUCAGAGUAAAAGAAGACUUUGGUAGUCGUUCAAGAUCAAGAAGUCGAAGUUAUUCUCCUCGCAGAACCCGCGGCUCUCCAACCUAUUCUCCAGCCAAUCGCUCACGUUCCCGAUCUCAUUCAAGAUCGCGCUCAUAAACUGUCAUUCUGAAAGCUGUUUCAUUUCCAAAACUGAUUUUAUCAAAAUGUGGAAAACCCUGUUGAUGAAAUUGAAAUUUGAAUAAAAUGGAUUAAAAGGACAUUAAAAGGAGCUGACAUUAUUUAAAUGGACCCUUAAGCAAGAGCAGCGUGGAAUCAUUAAGGAAACCGCUAGGGUUAUUUUUAAAUGUAACAUUGAAGGAUUAAAGGAAUGUAAGCAAUUUACAAAGGAGAAGGACUUCUGUGCAAAACCUGGAUUUUGGCGUGUCCUCUCAUAACUUUGCUUAGGCUACUCGGUUGGAUUUCAUUUCCCAAAUUGGAUUAUGCCAUGGAUAGGAGCACUGUUUAGGAUUAGCUUCCCAAUUUGGAUCACUGUCUCAUGGGAGCAAGUUGGAAUUUUUCCGCUUAAGGAGAUUAUGGAUACAUAAAGACAUGCUGGGAAGGAUUCGUAAUUCCAAAUAUCACAGGAUAGGAAAGUGGGACAAGCAUUUUUCGUCACAGGAGAUGGUCUCGUGAGGAUGAUGCAUACGUAAAUUUUCUCUGGAUGAACCAGGAAAGGUGGAAAGGAAUUAGGUAUGAAUAAUAAGAAAUAAAACAUAGAAACAAGUGUGCAUGCUUGUGACAUUAUAAAUUCCUUUCAAUUUGGUUCAGUGCUUGGGCUUUUGAAAUUUAAUCUUCAUCCUGUAAAUAAUAAAAGUGCUCGUGAAACUUAACAUGAUAAAUAAGAGUAAAUGAGCUAAGGCAUUUUUCUUUUAAUAAUUAUUCUUUUAUUAACAUCUCUUGGCAAGUGGGAUGCAUAAAAGCUUGUGUUGUAUAAUCUGUGGUGCUCAUAAAUUUGGUAAUGCUUCUUUAUUUUGUGUGUGGUAAAGAAUGGUAUAUGAUUGCACAGGAUGUGACAGCUUAAUUUCUAAAACUUGUUGAAUAUAUAUUAUAUAUGUGUGUGUGUGAAACUGUGCACUGGUAUGUGGAACUGUGCACUGUUAUUUUCAAAGUUGGUAUAUCUCCACACUAACUUAAAAGCGAUGUCCUCAUUUUUGGCAGUAGGCACAGAAUUAAAUUUCCAGAAUGCUGUUGAAUACAUAUUGUGCAUUUCAUUAUCUAUAGUCUCUGUUUCUUGAGCAAAGUUUUUAAUUUUGAUUGUAGCUAGAAAUAAUUUUGAAUUGAGUUAGUAAGCAUGCUAAUUGUUUUUCUUAGCUACAAUGUUCAUCACAAGAAUGAGUGAGCAGCAUAGACUUUGCAGAAGUCUUUUGUAUGUGUGUGUGUGUGCCUAGUUCUGUAAUCAAAAUCAAUACAGUUGUUUCUUUUUUUAAUUUAUUCUUCAGUCUUGAAUCUUAUAUUUGUUAGUUUAUUGGAUCUUAUGUCUGCCAUAUUGUUAACAUCAACAUCUGUCGUCAUAUUUUCAGCUGUCUGCUUUUAGAGAUCUUCUGGCCCAUCUCUGAAUGUCUUAACCCACAUAGAUACACUGUACUUUAUGAUGCUAUGAACACACCGAUAUCUACAUUUAUUCGAGUAACUUAACAUUAUGUGCAAAGAACGUCUAUGUAAAGAAAGAAAGGUUCCAUAGAUGUAAUGUAAACCAGUUUGUCUUCUGUGCCGCUAGAAUGAAAAGGGAAAAUUCGGCAAGGGAUUUGGCAAUAGAAUCUGUUGGCGAGAAUUCCCCCCUCUGUGAUGUACCGGACCUGGCCGAGAUUUUACUCCUCCGCAACGUGUACAGGAAAUUGAGGAACAGGCGUUAAGAUGAAUAAGAAAAUUAGGUGAAGUUUUACUUUCACUGGCUGUUGAACUUGCAUUAUCCAUAUCGCAGUUUGAUGUCUGAUUUUAUAUCUGUCAAUAUGGAGGGGGGGAUGGAGUCACACAGCUUUAAACUCUUGAUAAAUGUGACCGUCGAACUUAGACUUCAGCUUUAGCGCAUUUUGGUGACAGAUAUUUCACGCAUGCACAGUUGCUUCCCUUUUCAUUUGAAGGGAGCCACUUCUGCUGCUGUGAAGUUUUUCUUCUUAACAAUACAUAUUCUUUGAUUAUGUGGUCAUUUUGGAAAUUGCAGAUAUUGAAUUUCGAUAAGUUAGUGAAACUAUAUAAUUUUAUGUGCAUUUGCUUACAGUCUAGUUAAUGAUAUUUUUGUUUGAAUCAGAUUGAGUGAAUGGUAGUUGUAUUAAAUAACAGCAUGAUGGUUCUCCCCCUCUUAAUAUUACAUCAGAAUGAGCAAAUUUAUAUGUAUACUCAAAUCUGUUUUUGUGCGAUUAUGCAGUCCCUAUUCAUUGCAUAAAAACAGGUUUAAGUGUAGGAAUAAAAAUAGUUUUUGCAACACAAUUAAAAAUUUUUUUUUGCUAUGUGGUGAAUAGGGACCAUAUAAUCACACAAAAACAGGUUUCAGUGUACAGUAUUGCUUCAGAAUUACCAUUAUUUAUUACCACUGAAACAAUUUUAUGUACUUUUGCUUUAUUAAUUGUCAAGCUUUUAUGCACUAGUUGCUAAGAAAGAAGUAACAACAUGAAAUACAAAGUAUGUUAACCAAUUAUUGCCCAAGAAAAAAUAAGUCAUAAUUUCAAGCAGUUAUUAAUUAUUACACUUUAAUGCUUUUCCACCCUGUUUUAAAUGGUGAAUGAUUAUGAUAUUAAAUUUAUUAUGUCUUAAGUGAAGAAUAUCAUAAUCAAUUGUUCUUUUCUAUUAUCUACCUAAGGUUUCCUGCAUCGGAUCACUUGCUAAUGUACAGAGCAGUAAUAUUAAGGAUUGGAUGCAUGGAUUCCUCCUGGACACGUGGAGUGGAUCUUGGAGGAUGGAUAUUCAUAUGUAUUUAACAUAUAUUUGUAGGGGGCAGGUAUUUUUCUGUAUUGUAGGAAAUGUUUUGGGACUUCCAUCCCUCUCAAAGAGAAAGGAAUGUAAACUAUAUAAAUUCUUAAAUAUUUUGUGUUCAUACUACUUUUCGAUUAUGUACUGGCAUUAUUUUUCUGGUUUCUUAAAAUUGCCAAAACUAAGCUGGUAAUGUGUUCUCAUAAAACAAACUGAAAAUUAAAAAAAAGAAAAAAUGGUUUUAUAAUCUUUUAGAUGAAAGCUUCCUGAUGUAAACUAAUGAAAAGGUAAAAAUAGCAUUGUGUACCUGCAAGUUUUAUCCAAGUACAUUGUUAAUUCUUAUUUUUUAAUAAUAAUUACACAUCAGAAUUUUUUUGUUCCAUGCUGAUUUAAAACUAUUUGCCAAUAUUUAUUUAUUUAUUUUUUAAAGUUCUCAAAGGAAAUAAAAUUUGGUAGCUAGUUCUAAAAUCCCAUGUUAUUUUUUUUUUUACUACAGUUACUAUAAACAUUCUUUUUAGAGAGCAAUACACUCUGCAGAUCUGAUUAAAUAUAAAUAUGUUUUAAAAAAAUAAUUUUUUCCUUUGCAAAAAUAUUUUCUAUAUUCAGUUAAGUGUAGAAUAUUGCUUGAAUGUAACUGUUUUGCAUUAUUAUGUUGGUCUCGAAGUGCACAGUUUAACUUUGUUGUGCUCUUGACCUUGCAGGUCUCGAGACCACUUAUGCCUUUUUCCCCUAAGAAUGUGUAGAAGAUAUCCCAUAGCUCUUGCUUCUGACUAUCAUACAGUAGAACUUAAUAGCAUAUUGCUAAUGCAUUUUAAUGUUGUUUCCAAGGUAGAGGGAUGAUUGCAAAAAAAAAAAAAAAAUUAUCACUUUGGUGAUGUCAUCAUAUGAGAGAUUUAUGCAUAAAACAUCCGUUCCUGCAAUCUUUUAUCUUUCCAUAUAGUGCUGUAUAAUACAUUUGGAAUUACAAAAUAUUUUUUCCAUGUAAUUCAAAUCUUCGUCUGCUUUUUGAAAUUCUUUAGUGGUCAAAAUUUCAUUUUUUUUUUUUUAUCUUUAUAAUAUAUAAACAAUACUCAUUUUCCCCCCUUGUAGACUGAAAUUUUAAUGAGUGGAAGUCUCUUUAUUAAUGCAUUAUGCUUAAAAACAUGGAUGGGGGGGAAAUAUGUAUCCUUAGAAUUUAAAGGGUUUAUUUAUUUCUUUUUUCCCUCUUUUAACUUGUAGUUGGAAAAGGUAAGUAUUCCAUAGGUGGGUGUAGAUUUUAUGUGAUAUUUAAGUUUUUUCUUGAUAUUUGAGUAGAAAAUAAAAUCUGAAUCCUUUUAUCCUUGUCCUGGUGUGUUUUUGUUCUAAAACUGUAGUCUGAAUGAGUAAUUUCUUACUUUAAAAUCUAAUCAAGUAUUUCUAAUUAGGAUGCAUAAAUUUUCAGCAGAUUGCAUAUGAAUAAUUAAUUUAGUAAUACAGUUAAUCCAUAAAUGAUAGAAACAUCAUACUUUGAGUUUUUCAUAUUUGCAAAAUUUCAUGUUAAAUAUCAGUGUUAAAAAAAAAAAAAAAAAAAAAAAAAAAAAAACUUCGAAGUGCUUAACUCAUCAAAUUCAUCCUAUUUUCUGAAUAGUUUUAAGUUUAGGUAUUAUAACAGUUUUUAUAUUUCUUUAGUGAAUGUGUAUAGUAUGAGAACAAAGUAUGUUUAAAAAUGAUUUUUAUCAGAAACCAUUUGGUAUAAAUGCAAGUCAUUACUUUAUAUGUCAUGAUUUAUUAAUCAGACUAAUACAAGCUUUUGCAUGAACAUAAUUAUGUAUUGGUUUACAUUUGAGUUUGAAAUCAGUUUCUGUUCAAUUAUAAAUAAUUAUUUAAAUGAAAUUAUACUAGAAAGUAAUUAAUAUUACCAAAUUUAAAACUUUAUACUGAAAUUAAGUAAAACUCUUUAAUUAAAAAAUAAUUAAACUCUGAAACAUAAUUUUCAAUUUCCAGUAGUUCAUUUUGCGAACUGCAUUUGAAGAUACGAAGUACUUAGUUUGUGCAUUGAAGCAGUAUUGAGGUUUUUGAACAUAUGAGCUUGUAAAUGGCAAUUAAUGAAAGUGGUGAAUAUGAUUAUCUUAAAAGUUUACUUCAGGUAUAAUCUUUAUCGAUACAUUUGUCUUUGUCUGUUGCCAGCUCUGCCGUUUGGUCACAAAAUUAAGGAACUGGUCUACACCUCAAAGUAAAUAGGUGUUCUUAUUACAGACUAGGCCAGGGAAAUGGUUGAAAUAUACACUCUAAAAAAAAUAAUAUAAGCUCUAAAAAAGGUUAAGGAAAGUGAAAUUUCUCUAAAAAGUCAACGAAGUAGGGAAGUAUGCUGAUUAAUUCUCUCGAAUAGUAAAUAGGUUAAGUAAUAAUCAUUAAACCAAAAUUGCCCAUCUUGAAAGCAAAUUAGUUAUUGUAAUGUUUUUGAUUUUAUCAACUUAAUAGCUUUCAUGCCUAUUAAUGAGCUAUUCACCUUUCUGUUUAGAAAUGUGACUGUUCAAUCAUCACCCUUUGUAGAAUUACCACAUGUAAAACUAAAUAGCAUGGUUCAGAAGUCAUUACAUUGUGUGAUUGUGCAUUAUAAUUGUUAUAUUAUUACAUAUUAACUGAAUCUGGUUAAUUAGCUCAUUAGUUUUACAAGGGUAUAUCAAAAGGUUCUUGGAUUAGUUCUGUUGAUAAAAAAACAUAUUACUUAAAAAACUUUGAACAUUUCUUUUGAAAUAAUCACCUUAUACAGGCUUUUAUUGGAAUGCGAUCUCAAAAUCAUUUUUGUAAGCACUCGUGGAUGUCUUGGCAAUCCAUGAUGUGAUAUUCUUUCUGCUCAGGAAUUCACAAAGACAAAUUUGAUAGCAGUAUGCCCUAUGUUCUUUUCUGAUGUUAGGAUUGUCUGCACGGACCUGUUCAAACCACUGCAGUGCCUGUAGUUAAUACUGAUCAUUCUCCAUUACCUGCAUGCACAAGUUCCUGAACUCGUUCCUCAUUUUUUAGGGUGAUGUUGAUGGAAGGUCUUCCAGAUUGCCCAUCAAAGGGUGUUUCAGCACUUCUGAAGUACCUGUGCCUUUCGAAACAUUACGUACAACUCAUUGCUUCAUUGUCAUAAACAUGCAAGUGCAUGGUCAGUGUUUCUGUAGCCUAUUUGCCCAUUUAACACAGAAUUUCACAUUGGCUUUUGUUCAUGAUGUAAUAAUCGUGGACUACUAUGUCCAUGUAAUUACAGAAAUACUACUGCAGCAACUGUUGACACUCCCAUAGUGUUGUCUUUUGCUACACUGCUUUAUCAAGACUAAAAGUCACUGUAGCUGCAAGUGCAGACCUGUUUUGCGUCUUGUUGGUUUGCUACAGAGCUAAUCCAAGAAUUUUUUAAUGUAACCAUGUGCUUUAAAAUGCUGCAGCAUUAUGUUUAUUAUAAAUGAUCUCAUAUUUUAAAUUUCUUUGCAGAAUAAGCAUGCUCCCCCCUUCCGAGUGAUUAAAAACCUUACCAAGCUUUUUUUUUUUUUUAUUUAAAUUUAUUUGAUCUAGAUGAUUAUUUUAUAUAUUUUUCUUACAUAUGCUUCAAGGUAAUGAGUAAGCUAGAUUAGAAUUUUUUAAAUGUUUUUGAUUAAUUUAAUGUAUUUUAUAAUUAUUGCACAUUAUUCAAUUAUGAUAUUUAAUUUGAUAAACGAUAUCAUCACAUUUGGUCAGAGAAAUCAUUCAACUAGGUCAGGGAAAUUAAAGGUUGAAUUUCAGUAGGAACCCUGCAGAUGCAAAUUUUCACAAAUUUUUAUGUUGGUAACUCAACCAAUAUCAGCAAGUACACAGUUACAGCACAUACUGCCAGCUCAAGCUUUAGAACUGGAAUUUUACUGAUUUGUGGUAACCGACUCUGUGACUGAAACAUAAUCAUGAGAUUGUGGGCCCAUCUAACCCAGUUAAGUGAGAACUCCUUGUGAAUUGUGUUAGGAUUUGCAAGUUCAUCCAGAGUGGUUUUUUUUUUUUUUUUUUUUUUUUUUUUUUUUGUUUUGUUUUAGUUGACUUUGUUUGUGUUGCACAUGUAAUUAUCCACAUUAUUUUGUAUUCUUUAAUUUGAAGAGAUGCUUCCUUUUACACAGUAGGCCAUAAAUUAUAUAUCGUUCUGUCUUGUUAACAUAAAAUCGGCUAUUUUAUGUACUGAGGCUUCCAUUAUUUAUACUUGUCAUGCUUACUUGCACUUUACUGAGAUCAGAUGUGAUAACUUUCUUCACUGCCACUACAGUAUUGCGUAUUUUCUGGCAGUUUUUUAGUUUCUGAUGCUGCAUUUUCAAUUUAUACUUUUUUUUUUUAAUCUAAUUGUUUUCAUUAUGUUUUCUGCCAUCUAUCUAUUCAUAUGGAAAAUAAAAAUGUUGCUGCGAUAUUUUUUUUUUUCUGUUUAUGUGGAAAUCUCCUUACAGUGUUUUAAAAACUUUGAAUCUGCAUUUUGGAAUACUUUAAAAAUAAAAGAAACUUCUUUAUUAUUUGUUUAUCAAAGUUAUGUAAAGAAAAAUAAUAUAUGUGUAAGCCUGACUUUUGAAUGAUUAAAAGAAAAUAUUUAUUUCUUAUUAAUGCCACAAAAAAGUUCCUAAAUGUCAUAAAUUUUCUAUUAAUGAUAUCAGAACUGUGAAAUUAAACACAUAUUUUUAUUUGCCUAAAUUUGAGAACUUAAAUUGCCAUAUAUCAUUCCAAGUGCUCAGAAUCAGCUAUUUGUCACAUUCCAAGGACUUAGCCAAAUGUUAAAGAAAAUAUAAGUAAUUCUGCUCUGGGAGUGAAAAUUGUUUGUAAUGUUUGGAAAUAUCUAAAGUAAUGAGUAGCAAAACUGAUGGCAGAUUUGUGAAGACUGAAGAAACAAGGAAAGUUGUUACACCUGUGAAAAGUCUUGCAUUUAGAAUCAAGAAAGACCAAGCUGACCAAGAUUUGUUGUUUAUUGAGUACAACAUUUCAUUCAUUUUCCUUUAUUUAAUACUUGGUAAUCAUUAAGUUUUAGAGUUUAGUCCAUUAGAUAGAUUAACUCUGAAAUCUAAAUGUUAGUAUAAACUAGUUCACAUUGUAGAUAAUAUUUUUUAUGGCUACUGUUAUGUAAUAUGUAGCAUUUCAGAUAGGUGAUACUAUGCAUUAAAUUCACAAUAAAGUUUAAAUGACUUUUGU